AUGCAGGUGUCGACACAGAGAGCAGCGAAAAGGCUGGCUCCUUGCACCCCAUGCUGGGAAUUCCAGGUCCAAGCGCCAGACAUGUGGAUGCAGUACCCAGCAGAUGCUGGGCGCUGUCUAGAAGAGGCUUACCAAGCUUGGAAGUCCACAUGCACUGUAUGCAUUCACCAGUAUGAGUACGUCAUCGAUUUCCGCUGGAUGACCCAAACGAACCAGGCCACAGGCAAGGGUAGGCCAAUUCGACGCACAGAAGACACGGAACGGCAUGCUGCAGAUCCUGACAGCGACGCCUCCGACAUGCAGGAACGUGAUGCAAGGCAGCGUGAGAUGAAGCAACUGUCAGAUUGGAACAUGCAGCUCCAAGAGCAGUUGGCUGCCGAACGAGACCAGCAUGAGCUCGAUAUAGCAAGGCUACGAGCAGCUCGAGAGAUGCACCAAGGUGCAGCCGGAUGUGCUGAGCGCCUCCAGUGGCAACGGGACCAUGAGUUCAUCUCCCACCAGCAGGCGGAGAAAGCAAUGAAAGACGAGAUCAGCUCCUUAAAUGAAUGGAUCGCAAAUUUGCAGUACCAGUUGGAUGAAGAGCGUUCGCAGAAGGAGCAUGUGGCUGAAGAGCUGCGGCGCCUCAGACAUGACUUUCGGUCUGAGCAGGUGGGCAUGUCGGUUUGUUUUUUGUAG